GGCACCGUGCCAUGCUUCACUGGACUUGGUUGUGGUUCUGGUAGUGUUGGCCAGCAGGUUUCAACAUUGAGCAUGGCUGAUACUCUCUCAUUCAGACCUAAUGUGGGCAGCGAAUCAUGCUUUACAUGUUAUGGGUUUGGAUGGGUACAGAAUAUCAGCAGUGAUUUGACAUCAGCUGAACCUCAAACUGAAGUAACUGCUGCGGAAGGGGAGACUGUCACUCUCACACUUUUCUACACUAACAAUAAUCCACCAAAAAAACUGAUCUCACAAGGAUGGAGGAAGUAGAGACAGCAUGAGAAAAGAAAGAAAAGAAACGAUCAUACAGAAUGUUACUGAUUGUAGGGUAUUUGUGCAAUGUUAUGGAC